GACCGGGUGGAGGGGGGGGCGCCCGGCGGAGGAGAAAGAUGGCAAUGUCUCUCAUCCAAGCGUGCCGCAGUCUGGCUCUCUCAACAUGGCUGCUUUCCUUUUGUUUCGUGCAUUUGCUGUGCCUGGACUUUACCGUAGCUGAGAAGGAGGAAUGGUACACAGCGUUCGUGAACAUCACCUACAUCGAGCCGGGGUCGCCGGCAGCGGCGGCGGCGGCUGGGGCGCUGGGCGCCUCCGGGGAGCUGCGCAGCGAGAAGAGCGAGUGUGGCCGCUACGGCGAGCACUCGCCCAAGCUGGACGCCCACGGACGGGUGGCCAUGGCCAGUUCCGUCCAGGAGCGCCUGGCCUGCGACCCCAACACCAAGUUCGCCGUCCCAGCCCACGUCAAGCACUGGAUAGCCCUUAUCCCCAAGGGUAACUGCUCUGACAAGGACAAAAUCCGGCACGCUUUCAUGCAGAACGCCUCCGCGGUGGUCAUUUACAAUGUGGGGACCAACACCAACGAAACCACUACGAUGUCCCAUCCAGAUUUUGUUGCUGUUACUUUUUUACAUGAUUGCAGUGUGCAAGACAUCGUUGCAAUAAUGAUUCCAGAGUCAAAAGGAAAGGAGAUAGUGACACUUCUGGAUAAAAACAUUACUGUGAUGAUGUACAUCACCAUUGGGACACGCAACUUGCAGAAAUACGUCAGUCGCACGUCGGUUGUGUUUGUGUCCAUCUCCUUCAUUGUGUUGAUGAUCAUAUCACUCGCGUGGCUGGUCUUUUAUUAUAUUCAGAGGUUCCGAUAUGCAAAUGCCAGGGACAGGAACCAGCGUCGUCUGGGAGAUGCUGCAAAGAAAGCCAUCAGCAAGCUCCAGGUCAGGACCAUCAAGAAGGGUGACAAGGAAACCGAGCCUGACUUUGAUAACUGCGCAGUCUGUAUUGAAGGCUACAAACCGAAUGACAUUGUACGGAUCUUGCCCUGCCGGCAUCUUUUCCAUAAAUCCUGCGUGGAUCCGUGGCUGUUAGACCAUCGAACCUGUCCCAUGUGCAAGAUGAACAUCCUUAAGGCCCUAGGUAUCCCGCCCAAUGCAGACUGCAUAGAUGACAUCCCACCGGACUUUGAAGGUUCCAUAGGAGGGCCACCAACCAAUCAGAUUACAGGUGCAAGUGACACAACCGUAAAUGAAAGUUCUGUUACUUUGGAUCCUGCCGUCCGACCUGUGGGAGAAUUACAAGUAGUCCAAGAUGCAGACGCCACUCCCCAGGAGGGGGAGGUUAAUUUUACAAUCAACAGUGAACAAGAGCCAGCGGUCAGCAGUGAUUCAGAUAUCUCGUUGAUCAUGGCAAUGGAAGUUGGACUCUCUGAUGUGGAGCUUUCCACUGACCAAGACUGUGAAGAGGUGAAAUCCUGAAACAUUGAGCAAAGACGAAGGGGAUGGUUGGGCUCCAGGGGGAGGGGGGAGGGGCGAGCUCCAGGCCUCACUACAGUCAUACACCUCCAGACCACCACCACAGCUUCAGUGUGCUCCAUUCCCAGGGGGUCCACGAAAAGCAAUACAUAGAGUUGCAUCAACCUGGACGCAGUUUCAGCAUCUCUCCAUCAGUCCACGAUGUUGGCAGCUUGGAAGUCGAAAGCGGUUUUAUUUUCCACCACUCCCAACGUGCUCAAGGACACGGGCUUCAGCGGCUCAGAAAACAGGGACUGAAAGGACAGCCUCGAGAGUGUUUCCUACUUUCAUUUCACCUUCUUAUCCCUCCACCCCACCCCCGGGCAACUUUUGUUUGGGGGUGGUUGGUAGUGUUGCUGGCAUUCUAUUCGGUGUUGUUGUUGUUUUUAAGGAUAUCUGUAAUUUGCUUGACAUCUGCACCACUUUGUCUCCCUUUGGCUCCCUUCAUCUUAUUCCUCCCACAUUCUUGUGGGGAAGCAACCAGUGCCUGCUCUGAUCCAUUUGUAAUCCAUCUUUCAGAUUUCCGACCUUGACAUUUCAUCAUGAAGUAUGCAUGGGUCUGAGAAGGACUGGUGCCCCAGCCCCUCAUAACCAUCUAAACCAGCUUUCAUUACGAUUUUCAGUCCUCCCAAGUGAGUCCUGCAAAUCACAUCUGCCAGAGGCCCCCUCCCCCUACUCACCUGACUCCAAGUCCUAAAUCCCCCAGGGCUAGGGCCUCAUCAUCUGAAGCUACAUUGUCCUGGCUUCCACUUGCCAAGUGCUCUUAAAGGCACAUGUCACAUGAAAGGGAGACUUCUUACAAGUCUGGAACUGCCUCCAGUUGUAUUACUAGCAUUCCAUGAUUUUGAAGGGCUGGUAGCUGGGGACUCAUGAGGAAUUGUACAGCUAAGAACUGUGCUAGCUUUCAUCUUCAAGCCAAAACCCUUGUGCAUUGGUUCCUGUAAGAAUAUGAAUCCAUAUUGGGUCAAAGGUGAGCUGGGCUUGGUAGGUUAGGAAAAUUGAGUAGUGAAAGGCCAUGGCAGAGUUGACUAUUUCAGAGCCCCUACACAUAGCAAAGACAACAGUAGGAGCAGUGUCAGUCCCAACACUUGAUGGUUACACCUGACCCUGGCCCAUAUGGAAGGAUUUAGGGGACUCUUUAGUGAAACAUUUGCCACAAUUCCCUGAGCACAGCCUUUUGCCAGGUGAAGUGUAAUCCUUCUAAAUCAUUUUAAACAUAGAGGAACAGCAUGGAACUUGGCUAAAUCAAGUUUAUCUUAGCUGUGAGAGGCCAAGCAAAGGAAAAAUGAAGAGGCACUGAGUAUAUGUGAAAGCCUACCAGGGUUUUUAAAUGAGUUUUUGUUUUCACCUCUUUUUUUUUUCUCCCCCUAUCUUUGACAGAGAUAAGCUAUUUUUUUAUAGCAUGCAAUUGUGUAUUACGUUUGAACUGUCCAAGUGCAGAGAAGACUUUCAACUUGACUUGG